CAGAUUGUUGCUAUGGGUACUCAGAGUUUGUUUAUGCGCUAAAGAAUUUAUCAAUGGCCUCACAAGCGAAAAUAGAAGUCGUUGGCAUGAUUAAAGACCCAAAUUUCCAUGCUGCCAGAAGUAUAGCCGAGGUACUAAAAGAACAGUUUCCUAAUGAUUUUGUGAAUCCAGAAAUUGUGCCACUUCUUGAAUUUGACUGGCAUGAAUACCUAUGGAAGAAGAAACGGGAGCUGCGUGGUGAUGUGUGGGAGUAUCCCAGCAAUGUGAUGUGCUUCCUUAAUGGCGUUCUCCUCGGUAAUGAAAAGCAACUCGCCAGCUGGGCAGAAAAUCAGUGGAAUUUCACCCUCACUCAUCCAGAGGAUUUCUAUACGGCUAUCACUGAGGAGUGCUACGCCAAACACCUUCAGAAAACUGGACAUAAGUUUGUCUUCAUGGAUAUUGUUGUAGCAGGAGAGGAUCCUGAGAGGAUAAGUUUUGAGCUGUUCUCCGAUGUGUGUCCAAAGACAUCAGAGAACUUUGAGGCUCUGUGCACAGGAGAACGAGGAAAGUCAGAGAGUGGCCUCCCACUCCACUACAAGGGCUCUCUGUUUCAUCGCAUUGUGCCCAAUGGCUGGGUGCAAGGUGGAGAUAUUUCUCCUAAUAGUAAGGGUGAUGGGGGUGAGUCAAUCUAUGGACCAACUUUUGAAGAUGAAAGUUUUGCUAUUUCCCACUCAAAACGGGGCAUUCUGGGAAUGGCCAACAAGGGUCCCCACACCAAUGGAUCCCAGUUCUACAUCACCUUGCAGCCGACGCCCUGGAUGGACAAAACCUAUGUUGCCUUUGGUCAAGUGAUUGAAGGCGUAGAAGUCCUGAAGAAAUUAGAAGAGAGUAAGAGUUUUAAUGAAAGACCCAAAUAUGAAUGUAGAGUGUCAGCUUGUGGAGUGUUACCAAUGUAGUGCCCAUUAAUUACUCACUUUAUUUGGUAUUCUAUCUCUUUUUGGUGCAGUAAAUUCAAAGACAAACUCA